ACAUACAGAUCAACAACUGCAAAUUGCACCUUGCAACUGUCAAAUCAGCGGGGAGGGCACAGGCAACGAAUCCAUAAAAUUUGUUGCUUGGAAAGCCUGUCCAAACUGACUAUCCUGGAUUUGCAUGACAAUCAGAAAAGAAAAGAGCUGACACCUCCCCCAACUUCAACCCAAUCACAGGCUGACAGAACCACCAGGUACCACUGGUACAGUUUCAACACAUUCAUGAUCUACAGGAUAGAAAACAUGUCUCACCUGCAUGAGCUACAAGUGUUGAACCUGGCAGGAAACAGUAUCUCCAGAGUAGAAAACCUGCAGGGCCUGGACUCUCUGACUGAACUCAACCUACGGCACAACUGCAUCUCUCAUGUGACUGAGGUGGACCGCCUGCCCUGCUUGCAGCGCCUCUUUCUCAGCUGCAACAACAUCACCAGUUUUGAUCAGCUAGCCUGCAUUGGAGAGUUGCGAUCCCUUUCUGAGCUCACCCUGGAUGGGAAUCCUGUAGCCCUGGAGACAUGGUACAAGCAGGCCGUCCUGCGCUGUGUGCUUCAUCUGAGACAGCUGGACAUGAAGCGCAUCACAGACGAGGAUCGGCGCAUGGCAGGUGUACAGGUUCGAAAAGAGGAGGAGAAGAAGAGGGAGAGUCACAAGCAGACCAUUCAUAAGGAGAAGCGGCGUCUGGCAAUCCGUAAUGCAGCACAGCAGUGGGAAGGUGUCAGGGCCUGUCUGGAGCUGCCACCAACCAAUGGCGCUAAGGAAGACGUUAGUCCAGAGAACAGUCCUGCUCACAGCCCCGCCCAGACUAAUGGCCUUGCACAGGAGCCUUCUCCAGAUGAACCAAGACGGAUAAGCCCAGGUUCAGGACCAGAGCGACCAUCAGGGGGAACAGAGAUCCGUCUCCGAACUAACAGUCGUCCAAACAGCCCACGAGAUCCCAAGCUUGUGGAGGCAGGGAGCGGCAGUGUUCAGAGCUUAUCCUUGUCUGACAGUCACCUGGCGGAGCUGGACGGAGACACCUUGCGUUUGUUCGGACUCGGAGCCCUGGAGGCCCUGGAGAGGGGCUGGGGUGUUCAGACUGCUGGUGCUGUCACUGUAAUAACCUUCCGCUACAUCAACUUUGACGCCAUUGUACCAACACUGCCGCGAAUAAGGGUCAAGUUCCCAAAUCUGUCGCACCUGAUCUUCUUGGAAACCAACAUCAGCCGCCUGCCACAGCUGGCGGCCCUGGCUCAGGUGAGGCGUUUGGACCAGCUGACCGUCCACCCAGAGGGCAACCCAGUGGUCAGUCUGACUCUGUGGCGCUCCUUCGUCAUCUACCGCCUCUACCACUUCAACCUGCAGAGGAUCAAUGGCCAGGAGGUGACCAUGAAUGAUGUGAUCGCUGCAGAGCGUGUGUUUGGGACACUGGGUCAUAUAGCAGCCACUGAAACUCCACGUUGCCGUCUGCUCCUGCUGCUGGAGGAGUCCAGGAAGCGGCAGCUGCAAUUCCUGUUGGAGGGGCGUGGCCGCAGGGCAGGACUGAGUCCAGAGGAGCUGCGAGAUAAUGGGAAGCUUCUGGGUGAAGGCCUGAGCAGAGCGUUGUUUAACUACCCAAGCAGAGACUGCAGUGCAGAGAGCCCUGAGGUUACUACGGAGGGCACUGUGGAGUCAUCAGAGUGUGCUGCCAUGACAGAACAGUACCUCCAGGAGUUGGUUCAAAGAGCAUCAGACAUCAAUCUGAAGCACGAGGCUUUACACAAGCUCUGGCCCUCCAUGUUUGCAGAGAUGGUGAGAGACUGUGUUUUGGAGAUGAAGGACCUAGCAGCCUUCCGCCAGGCCCACCUGGCAAAGCUCUCCGAGACCAAGUGAAAAGGACCAAAGGUUCACUUGUAGACCACACAAACAUGCGCACAUGUGGACAUAACUUUCCUGGGCACCUACUUUCUUUCAUUUCAAACUCUGUUUAUAACACUUCAUCGCUUAGGGAAUUUAUCAGUUUUAACAUCUUCGGAAACUAGGACAAGAUCUUUUCUUUGUUUACCACUGAUUUUCUGUAUAUUACUUGGUAUUAAAAGAUUCUGCAUUAACACUGA